AUGUCGCACAUCGACUACGCCCUUUACGAAAGCCCCGUGGGCUAUGCCAUCUUCAAGGUGGUGCAUCAGCAGGAUGCGGUUGGCUUGAAGUUGAAGGAUACCCAGGCUGCUACUAACGAUCUCGCCAAGUUUGGCAAGAUGGUUCAGCUGACCAACUUCAGCCCUUUCAGGGGUCACGUCGAGGCUCUUGAGAACAUCAACCUCGUCACUGAGGGUAUCGUCUCUGACUACCUCAAGUCUGUCCUCGAACUCAACCUUCCCCAGACGAGCGGCAAGAAGACCAAGGUCGUCCUCGGUGUUUCCGAGAAGAACCUCGCUGGUGCGAUCAAGGCUCAAUUCCCCGGCCUCGAGUGCGAGACCGCCGAUACUUCUGACAUCGUUGGCGACGUGAUUCGCGGUAUCCGACUGCACGCCGAUAAGCUUCUCGGUGGACUCAAGUACGGUGAUGUCGAGAAGGCCGGUCUGGGUAUGGGUCACGCCUACUCCCGUGCCAAGGUAAAGUUCAGCGUCACCCGCAACGACAACCACAUCAUCCAGGCCAGCGCAACCAUCGACUUCCAGGACAAGGGUGUCAACCAGUUCUACAUGCGCGUUCGCGAGUGGUACGGCUGGCACUUCCCUGAGCUCGUCAAGAUUGUCUCCGACAACUACACCUACUGCAAGCUCGUCCUCGCCAUCGGCGACAAGAAGAGCUUGAACGACGACAAGCUCCACGACAUUGCCGCCCUCGUUGAGGAGGACGGUGAGAAGGCCCAGGCCAUCAUUGACGCCGCCAAGGUCUCUAUGGGUAUCGAAAUCUCCGAGGCCGAUCACGAGAGUAUCAAGGCAUUCGCCGAGGCCGUCGUCAAGCAGGCCGACAACCGCAAGUCCACCAACCUCUACCUUGAGAAGAAGAUGGGCGACAUCGCCCCCAACCUGCAGACCCUCAUCGGCACUCCUGUCGCCGCCCGCCUCAUCUCUCACGCUGGUUCUCUGACCAACCUUUCUAAGUACCCUGCCUCUACUCUCCAGAUUCUCGGUGCUGAGAAGGCUCUCUUCCGCGCUCUCAAGACCAAGAGCAACACCCCCAAGUACGGUCUCAUCUACCACAGCAGCUUCAUCGGCAAGGCCGGUGUCCGCAACAAGGGUCGUAUCUCUCGAUACCUCGCCAACAAGUGCAGUAUUGCCAGUCGUAUCGACAACUUCUCCGAGGAGCCCUCCACCCGAUUCGGUGAGGCCCUCAAGCAGCAGGUUGAGGACCGACUAGAGUUCUACGCUACUGGCAAGAAGCCCGCCAAGAACGCCGACGUUAUGAAGGACGUUAUGGACAUCAUGGACGGCGGCGACAAUGCUGGCUCCGACGAGGAGAUGGUCGACGCUCCUGUUGUCGAGAAGAAGUCCAAGAAGGAAAAGAAGGAGAAGAAGGACAAAAAGGAGAAGAAGGAGAAGAAGCGCAAGGUAGAGGAAGAGGACGCCCCCGUCGAGAAGGAGGACGACGGUGAGAAGAAAAAGAAGAAGAAGAGAAAGUCCAAGGCUGCGGAUGACGAGUAG